UUAAUCUUCAAGUACCUGUAAGUUCUCACAUUUUGACUUUUUUUUACUUCCUAUAUAGCAACUCUAUCUGUUGUCUUUUGUCGCAUUGCUUCGUUUUGUUUUCUUCCCCAUCGAGGCGCAGCAUACGGAACAGGGGGAACCAGUAACUAACAGAUCAUCGCUAUUGUUCCAGACCUCUUUUUCUUCCCCCAACACAAAUCACAAUGUCGCUCGCAUCUGGUGUCGCCGUUGCCGACGAAUGCGUCUCUAAGUUCAACGAGUUCCGCAUGAGCGGUAACAAGCAUGGCGAGAAGACCAAGUUCAUCAUCUUCAAGAUCACCGACGACAAGAAGCAGGUCGUCAUCGAUGAGACCUCGUCGGACCAGGACUACGAGGUUUUCCGUGGCAAGCUAGAAUCUGCCCGUGAUGCCAAGGGCAACCCUGCCCCCCGUUAUGCUGUCUACGACGUCGAGUAUGACCUGGGUGGUGGCGAAGGCAAGAGGAGCAAGAUCAUCUUCAUCUCUUGGGUCCCCAGCGAGACCCCCACUCUUUGGUCCAUGCUUUACGCCAGCAGCCGGGAGACGGUGAAGAACGCCCUCAACCUGUCCACUUCCAUCCACGCCGACGACAAGAGCGAUAUCGAGUGGAAGACCGUCCUGGCUGAAGCCAGCGGCGGCAAGGCUGGCAAAUAAAUGACGUUCGCUGGCUGGGUUCGGACUCGGUGAUCUUUGUGUGUACGCGCUGGUUCCUGCAUGGCAUCACUCCCCGCCGGUCCCCAGCUUGAGAGGUUGUCACAGAACAACCGAUUCAUUCACGUUCUCUGCACACAUUUAGUUCAAUAUGAGAUCUUUACGACUUUGACUGCUUUGAUAGUGACCGUGUCAUCCUUGCUAUUGGCGAUCGUGGCACUUUCCAUGAACGAGCGUUAGGGAGGGGGUUGUUUUCCUUUGGUCAGCGUUUGCCUGUACAGAAUACUGCCACCUGGUCUGGAGUGUGAUUUCAGCGGAUCGGUGUAUAGUUCAAUACACAACUUCACCUCGUUAGGAUUCUGUAGUCUUGGGACGUUCGUUCGAAGGUAUAGUGUAGUGAUUGGGAGGUCAUCGUAGGAGUAGUUUCGGUUUCCACCAAUUUGGUUCACAUCGAUCAUCCUUUGUAAGUAUAGCCUGGGAAUUAGAACAGAGCUGGAGUGACAUGUGCGUGGAG